AUGACCGACCCGCCUCCACUUCAGGCCACCUUUGUGGGGGUGAGCACGAUCCUCUUCUCGGCCGGCCAGGACGCGAUCCUCAUCGACGGCUUCUUCACGAGGCCGUCGUACCUGCCCGUGUUCCUGGGCAAGAUCCAGCCUGACGAGAAGAUAGUCGCGGAAAGCCUCACGCGCCUGGGGGUCGCCGAGGCGGAGAUGGAGACAGAGACGAGCCCGAAGUCAGACUCGCGGACGCUGCACGCAGUCCUGGUGGCCCAUACACACUUCGACCACGCGCUCGACGCGCCGCUCGUGUGUAAGCGGACGGGGGCGAGGCUGGUGGGCUCCGAGUCGCUGCACAACCUCGGCAGGGGCCAGGGCGUGCCCGAGGGGCAGAUAGUGCUCGCCAGGGACGGGGCGGUGCUGGACUACGGGGCGCUGCGGGUGAGGGUGUGGGAGGGGAUCCACUCGCCCGGGGACGUGGCGCCGGGGGACAUCGAGGGCCCGCUCGCGAUGCCGACGCCGUUCAAGGCGCUCAAGACUGGGAGAUGCUACAGCUUUCUGGUAGAGCACCGAGGACGCCGAGCAUUUGUGCACCCGAGCGCCAACUACGUGAAGGACAAAUUCGGCGGGGUAGGAGAGGUGGACUGGUUGUUCCUGGGGGUCGGGGUGUUGGGCAAGCAGUCGGCCGACUUCAGGGACGAGUACUGGAAGGAGGUUGUUGAGGUGCUGGGCCCGAAGCAUGUGGUGCCAAUCCAUUGGGACAACUUCUGGAAGCCCCUGAGCACGCCGUUGUUGCCGCUCCCAUGGUUCCUGGACAGGUUCUCUGUCGCAGAAGAGUGGCUUGGCGAAAAGUGCAAGGCUGCGGGCAUCACGAUCCAUAUGAUGCAGGCUUGGGACGUCAUGGACUGUACAUAG